CCAACAGUUAUCACCCCAUACUAAACAAACCUCAUAGUUCUCCGCGGGAUUUAUGCGUCAAUGUACGUCAACCCUCACCAGAAAAACGAAAUAGAUACUAAUAAGAGUGCAGUAACAUACGGCACAAUCCGACUCGCCAGCUACGAGAAGCUCAAAGAGCACCUUUCCUCACCAACCCCCACUGCCCUAACCCUCUCCGCCGCAGUAUCUGGCUUCAUCGGUGCAAUCCCCGGCAAUGCCAGCGACAUCGCCAACAUCCGCAUGCAAAACGACGCCUCGUUACCACCCGCCCAGCGGCGAAACUACAGACACAUCCUGCAUGCGUGGAGCGUGAUGUACAAGAACGAGGGCCCACUGUUCUUCACGCAGGGCAUGCUGCCGAAUUGUAUACGCUGUGGGCUUAUGACGGCAUGCCAACUUGCCUCGUAUGAUUACUUUAAGAACCUGUUUGGGCGGGUGAGUGGGUUGCAGGCGGAGAGCAGCAGUAUUGUGCAUCUGGGGAGCUCGGUGAUGGCGGCGUUUGUGGCGACGAGUGUUUGCAGUCCGAUUGAUGUGGUCAAGACGCAGCUUAUGGGACUGGGGUCUGGGAAGAAGUCGGUUAUUAGGGUGGUUGGGGACAUGACGAGGGCCGAGGGGGUGAGAUGGGUGUUCAGAGGGUGGGUGCCGAGUUUCGUGCGUCUGGGGCCGCAGACUGUCGCGACAUUGGUGUUGUUGGAGCAGCAUAAGAAGGUUUACCGGGGGCUGCUGGGUAUAAAUGAUAUCUAGCGGUAUACAGAGCUCCCAUGGGCUUUCCAUGGAGAUACCGAGGCAGUCGCUCCUUCUUCAUUCACCUUUAGCUCCUUCCACGGAGAAAUAGAAUAGCCAUCGGAGAUAUAGUGUCGGACAGCCCGGCGAUAUUAGGCUCUGCACGGCCGGAUAUAUUUCCAGCUAGUGCAGGAUUC